CGUUACGUUCGGUCGUUCUAACGGUAAAAGCGCUACGCUUUAGACCCCAAAAGUGCUAAGGACAACUCACUUAAACAAAAACGCACCCACACACACACACACAUACACAGCAAUACACACUCACACACAGCUAAGGCGUGCGCGCAGUAUUUGAAAAUUGCUCUAGGUGCGGCAAUGAGCUAAAAUUUAAAAUUUGUGCAGUGUGCAGUUUAAAUGCAUUUGGAGUUGCAAACGGUGCUAUAAGUUUUGUUUUUUUCAAUAACAAUUUAAACAAAUCCAUUGGAACUAUAACGCAGACAAUAAAUACUUAGAGCAGCGGCAUAUAUUACAAGCAGCAGUUGGCUGUUGUCGCAUGAAGGCAGGACGAAGGACUACUACUCUAAACGCAAUCAAAACGAGCACCCACUGCCCGGCAGGCAGGCAGGCAGGCAGCGUGCGUUAAUGAUGAUGAAGUGAUAUCCAGUGAUAUCGUGUUAAAGUGGAAUUAAAUAUAAUAUAAAUCGCUGGAAAAAUGACAGCGAUUUCUCAGCAGCAGCCAAGCAGAAAUAAAUGCAAAGUAGUUUGCCGCUAGACGAAGACGAAGACGAACAAUAGAAAUAACAGCUAUUUUAAACAGCAGCAGCAGCAGCGGCGGCAGCAGCAGCGCGAGUGGCAAUUUGUAAGCCUGCUUGGCAAUUUCACGCAUUGCGACGGCAUGGCAGGCGCUAAUAAGGCGACUUGCCACGCCCCACAAAAUAAAACCCAUUCACAAACAAACUCAAACUCGAACUGAAGCUGAGCCACCCAGUAAGCCCACCAAACACACACACACACACACAGGCACAGCAGUGAAAUAUUAUGGCAACUUUUCAAAUGGAAACACGCCAGCAACAUCAGCAGCAGCAGCGGCAGCGGCAACCAACGAAUUUAAAGCAACGCGCAACGUUGCAGCAACGACAUAGGACGCAUAAAAGUGCUAACCCACCCACUGUAGCAGCGACAGCAGCCGCCACAGAUUGCACUCGCCUUUGGCCAGCCAGCAGUAGCAGCUCCAUAGUAACCAACUCAAUCGUUGACUGCAACAGCUGCCAGCGCAUUCUGAUAAUGCUCAGCAUGCUAGUGGUUGUCAUCGUUGUGAUAUCCGGCAAUGGAGUGCUUGCUGCACAGCGGGAUUCCUACAAAUUGAAGGAUAUGAGCAGCAGCAAUAAUGCCAUACCAAGUGCUGGUGCUGGUGGUGAUGCUACGGCUGUUAGUAGUGUUGCCGCCGGAACCGGAAGUAUGAAUGGCAAUACGAAUGGCAAUGAGAACGGAAACAACAAAAAUGCCCAUGCGACAACUGAUAUGAAUGCUAGCUCAAGUUCCAGUUCCAGCUCUAGCUCCACCUCCGGCUCUGGCGCUGUAACAUUGACAACAACAACAACCAGCAGCGGCAGCGGCAGCAGCAGCAGCAGCUCAAUGAGCAAUGGCAUCGCCAGCAGUAGCUUACACAAAGGCAACACAAUAUCAUCGCCAGCUGGCGCUUCCGGCAUCAAUCGGAACACCAUUGAGCUGAUCGACGAUUCGCGCAACGGCGGUCCCUAUUUUGAUAAGGCCGCCUCCAAAAACGUCACCGCGCUGUUGGGCAAGACGGCCUAUUUGAAUUGUCGUGUCAAGAACUUGGGCAACAAAACGAUGCUGCUGCAAGUGUCGUGGGUGCGACAUAGGGAUAUACAUUUGCUCACUGUUGGACGAUAUACGUAUACGUCGGAUCAGCGCUUUCGUGCCAUACAUCAACCGCAAACUGAAGACUGGAUGCUGCAAAUUAAAUAUCCGCAACAUCGCGAUUCCGGCAUUUAUGAGUGCCAAGUAUCGACAACUCCGCAUAUGAGUCAUAAUAUACACUUAACGGUUGUGGAACCCUCGACGGAAAUUAUUGGUGCACCUGAUUUGUAUAUAGAAAGCGGCUCGACUAUAAAUCUCACCUGUGUCAUACUCAAUUCACCGGAGCCGCCAGCCUACAUCUUUUGGAAUCACAACAAUGCUAUAAUCAACUAUGAUUCGCCCCGCGGCGGCGUCUCUGUGGUCACAAACAAAGGUGAGACGACGACUUCGUUCCUGCUUAUUAAAUCAGCGCGUCCAUCAGAUUCUGGGCAUUAUCAAUGUAAUCCAUCAAAUGCGAAGCCCAAAAGCGUAACGGUACAUGUGCUGAAUGGUGUCUCUCAUUCCGUUUCCAGGGGAGUUCCCAGCAGCAAUGCAGCACGCGGCACCAGCACAUCCUCACAUGUCACCAAGUCGCUAUCUCUUAGUGUACCUGUUUGUGUGCUACUGCAGUUUGGCAUUUGCCAGGCACUCUAUGCGGCCAUCAGCAGCGCAGCUGCGGCAGCCACCUACACGCUGCAGUCGCGCAAUCGAAGAAGAAGCAGCUACCGCAGCAGCAGCAGCAGCAGAUGCAAUGCCGGAGAUAGCAGAGCCAGCGACAAAACGAUUUUGUCGGUAUCCGGCUUGGGACACAUACUCAAGUGUGUUCUAAGCCUGCUCGCUAAGCUGCUGGGCGUCACAUGGCGCUGGCGCUUGCGAGGGCGUGACUUACAGCAAGUCACACAAAUGCAACAAUCAGAAGCAGAGGCAGCGGCAGCAGCAGCUGUUGCAGCUACAUCAACGUGUAGGCAAGUAUAUGAGGCGGAUAUAAGGUGAGCGCAGCCUCUUGAAAUUAAAACUUAAACCCUAGACUAAUCGCGUACUUAAACUAUAUAUAAGAAGAAAAACUUAGCUUAACUUCCUUACACACACACAUACACUCUGCUUCUCACACACACAAACACACGUCUUUGAACAUCAGCUGUAACUAUAAAAUAGUAUAACAUAUAAUGUAUGUAUAAUCUAUGGCCUAUUGUGUUUUUCUAUGAAUCCGUGACGUAUACGUAAUAAAUAAAUUGUAAAACUAACUACACAGAGCCUAGCUGUUGCCACGCUGUAUCAUAUGUAACGGUUCUUUUUACGUUUUUCUUAAGUUAUAUCUAUCUUGUAAAUAUUCAGAACUGUCUACGGUUCACUGAGAACUUUUUAAGCUACGAGUAUUUUUCACAGAAACUUUCGACACACGACUUCAUAACUUUUUGAUACCAAAAAGUAACAAACAAGCUAAACUAAUUAUAAUAAUUAUAAUAAACUUUUGUGUAGAGACUUUUUCGAGAAACGAACACUGCAAAAAAAGAGAGAAGCAAACUAAACUGCAAAUACCAUUUUCCAUUUUAAGCUAAAUAUUUAAAUGAAAUCUACGAGUAUUUAGCGCUUUUAUAGAGGCCACACUGUGCGGACUAACUACUCCCAAGGCAAACAACUUGUUUUGUAAUUUCAAAUAGGCAUAAAAAUAAAUGUUUACAAAAUAAAGCAACAAAAGCGAAAAAAGAAAACUCGGUAACGGCAAAUAUUUAAAUGUUAAACUUCAACUGCGCAGCAAAUUUCAAGUACUGACAACUUAUAUAUAUAUACAACAUGCAUAUA